AUGGCACCUAUGGCCAUACCACCACCACCUGUGGCCACUAUUCCACCCGUGAUUACGACACCAGCUGCAACUGCAGUUGUGGCCGCAGUUCCUGAAAUUCCUUUGCAAUACGUUCGAGAAAAGCCUCCAGUCACUACAGUCUUCGUUGGCAAUAUUGCUGAGUGUGCUCCAGAUCAACUCAUCAAGACGUUACUAAUGCGAUGUGGGAAUAUUCUUAGCUGGAAACGAGUUCAGGGGGCGUCUGGUAAACUCCAAGCUUUUGGUUUUUGUGAGUAUGAGGACCCUGAGUCUACAAUGAGGUGCGUACGUCUCCUAAAUGGAUUUAAAGUAGGACCUAAACCUCUACUGGUAAAAGUCGACCCUAAAACUGAGGAUUUGCUGAAUGAAUAUAGAAAAAAGAAGGAAAAGGUUGGUGAAGAGGGAACCUUAGGAGCAACUUCUGAGGAAGUCGAUCAGUCAACUCAGCGCGAUGACGAAACCGUAAAAGCGGCACUCGAAAAUAUUAUAGCAGAAAGUGCUUCCUUAUUGGAAGAUGAAAACGGUGGUAAAAAACAAGAUCUUCACCUGGAGGGACCACGCCACCUUACUAUUGAAGAUAUGGACCUUGACAGUGACCGUAAAGACCUGAUCAAUCGUGAGAUCGAGAGCUUUCGGAAGCGAAACGAGAAGGAAGAUCAAAAUGAUACCAAGCAACCACGCUCAAAAGUUUCAAAUUCUGGGCGUCCGGGGCUAACAACCAUGCAAAUAUAUUCGGCGUAUGCUGAACGCGUUGAGCGGGAAUAUCGUCGAGAGAGGACCCGCAGAAGUAGAAGCCGCUCAAGUUCGUUGGCUUCCAGCCGGUCGCGUGGACCAAUAACUAGUUCUUUUGUGAUAUCCAGUAAAGAUAUUGAUGAGGAAGAAGAGGCAAUCAAAAAAAAGUUAGAGAAAAAGCUUCGUGAGAAGGAAGAGUCAUAUCAGAAGAGAUUAAAACAAUGGGAGGUGCGUGAGAGAAAGAGAGCGAAUGAAUACGAGCACGAGAGAGAGCACGAAAAGAAGCGACAACGUGAAUUACAGAUAGAGGCACAGAGAUUAAAGGAGUUUUUUGAAGAUUAUGAUGACAAUAUUGAAGAUCCCAAGUAUUACAGAGGAAGUGCACUUCACCAGCGUUUAAAAGACCGUGAAGUUGAAGAAGCCGCCGAUGACCGUGAUCGACAAAAGGAGGUUGAGCAGCUUGAAACAGCUAGACGCAAGCUAAUUGAAGAGGGUGAUCCAAAUGCGGAGUCAAUUAUUUUUCAAAUGGAGCAAAAAAUGCAGGAGCAUCUCAGGAAGUGUUUACACCUCGAUGGGGAUAUGUCUAUUGACUCUAUUGAAGACAACAAUCAAUGUGUUGAGCCGGUUAGUCAGAAUAUGUCGAACGCUGAAAAUGAGUCUAAAGACACCGAGUGUAUGGUUAAAUCACUUGAAACCAACAAUUUAUCACCAGCGCGCAACGGUGUCACCUCAGAGUUCGAGCCCGCUGCCCCCGAGGAGACAGGCGUCAGUAUGCUAAAGGAUGGUACCAACACCUUUUUAUUUUCAAUGAGCACAGUAGUUGAACCGGUAGUCCGUAAAUCUGCGUUAGCUUUCACUGAUGAGGAUCAAGAUGAAAAGCCAAAGAAGCAUGGCCUUUCGUGGUUGCCACCGUCAGCUUUAAAAGCUAACUCCAUGACUAAUAAUUCUAAUGGUACUGAUGCGGCUCAGAAUGAUCCCAGCAAUCUACCUCCGGUCUCCGCGCUAUCAACAGAAGAAAAGAAAGCCAUUAUCAAGAAGAUUAUUGAGGGAAUUCCUACUCAUAAGAGAGAGUUAUUUGCCUAUCCUAUCGAUUGGGACAUGGUUGAUGCGGAAUUCGUAAACUCCCGAAUAAAGCCUUGGGUAGAUAAGAAGAUUGUUAGUUAUAUUGGUGAAGCUGAAGCUACCUUAUCCAACUUUAUCUGUGAUCAAUUGCUACACCACAACCCACCAGAACGUAUCCUCGCUGAUAUAGCUAUGGUUUUAGAUGAAGAAGCAGAGGUGUUUGUUGUCAAGAUGUGGCGUUUACUAAUUUAUGUGAUUGCAGAAAAGAAGGCUGGACUAAGCUCCUAAAAAUGACUUCAGAUGAUUUACUUUUGUACAAAAUUUUUUUUCUAUUAUCUUGAUUUGUAUAAAUAAACUGUAUACAUGACCAGAGGACUUUACUUCUCCCUUCAAAACUAUGUGUUUGUAAUACUCUUUUAUAUUACAACACGAGACUGACUGACUAACUAACUAGUUUAAUUAGGUACAGAAAUCUGCAUCACUUUUAACCCUUUCCUAUGUUGAACAACUGAGUGUAUGUUGUUAUUAUUAUUUACUGAGUGAAAAGAUAUUUUAAUAUCUAAUUUUCGUGUAAGUAGUAGU